AUGGCUGGAUGGAAUGAUGCUGCGAUUGCUGCCGCUUUGGAGGUGAUGGCCCAAGCUUUGGAACAUCAGCCGAAUGACAACAAUGCUCAUUAUCGUGUUAUUAAUGAGAAGCGGGGCAAGAGUCAGCAAGGCCGUGGAAAGCCCUAUGAAGCUCCGAGUGGAAAGGGCGAGCAGAAAGCGGUUAAGGGCAAGAGAUCUAGUGGUGGAGAUGCUUCAGCUGGUAUUUUGUGCUUUAAGUGUGGCAAGGUUGGUCACAAGAGCACUGUGUGUACUGCUGGUACAACGAGAUGUUUCCAUUGUGGUAAGAUUGGACAUGAGGCGCUUGAAUGCAAGCAUGCGGAGAUGAGAUUGGGUCUUGUGUUGUCUUCUAUGAACGGAGAAAUGGUUGUCGAUACUCCGACUAAGGGAUCGGUAACUACUUCUCUUGUGUGUUUAAAGUGUCCCAUGUCGAUUUUUGAUAGAUACUUUCUUGUUGAUUUUGUUUGCUCGCCGUUGAGAGGAUUGGAUGUGAUCUUGGGGGUGAACUGGUUAGAGCAUAACCAUGUUCACAUCUAUUGUUUUGAUAAGUCGGUGAGGUUUUCUUCUCCUGAAGAAGAAGGUGUUGAGUUGUUGUCAGCUAGACAGAUGCAUAUGUUGAUGAAAGAAGAUGUUCAAGUGUUUGCUUUGGUUGCAUCAAUAUCUAUGGAGAACCAAUCGAUCAUAGAAGAGUUGAAGGUGAUGUCUGCAUUAGAGUUGUCCGAAUUGAAGAGGGAAUUGGAAGAGUUGCUCGAGAAGAAGUUUGUGAGACCUAAAUCCGAUCAUGUUGAGCAUUUGAAAUUGGUAUUGCAAGUCCUGAAAGAGAAGAUGUUGUAUGCUAAAUUGUCUAAGUGUGAAUUCAAGUUGAAAGAAGUUAGCUUUCUUGGUCAUGUUAUUUUUGGUGAUGGCAUUGCUGUGGACCCGUCUAAAGUAGAUGCCGUAUUGAGAUGA